AUGCUGGCCAAACCCUUGACAGCCAUCUGGACACUGUUCCUCCUCAUCUCAACUGCACAAGCACAGUUCCAAUUCUUCGAGCAGAUGUUCGGUGGCGGCGGUUCACAUCAAGGUCAUCAGCAAGAACAGGAAGCUUCUAGCGACAGCUCUUGGUAUCAACAAACAUGGGAAGGAACACACUGCACGAAAUAUCUAUGUCCGGACACGUUAGCCUGCGUCCAUUUCCCGCAUCAUUGUCCAUGUCCGCAUCCAAGCGUUGAAGAGAAGGUCGAAUUGGGCGAAGGAAGUGCCGUUUGUGUAUCGAGGGGAGGAUGGACGGCUGGAGAAGCUGCUAGGAAGAUUGAAUUGGCUCGCAAGGGUGUGCUGUGA